UCAUCCGGAAUAAUUAAUAAUCGUAAAAAUUGGGCCUAUUUACGUUUAAAAGGUUUGAUCGUAAUCACCGUUUUGUUGAUCAUAAUUGGUAUUGGUUGUGCAUUGUUACGACGAUUUUUAUCAAGUUCAUCGGUUAAUAAUGAUACACAUGGUACACAUCCACAUCAUCCAUCAGUAUUAUUGGCAUUGAAACAACGGCGUCGACGAAAACAAAAUGAACAAGAUGAAAAAACAAAAAAUCUAAAUCAACAAACAACAGUGUCGGAUGAAAAAUCUAAUCAUGAAGAAUUGAUUUCUUCUAUUGAAGUUCAUAAUGAUCGUCAUGAGAACAAUCAACAACAGCAUAUAGCUGCUGAUGAUAAAAAUAAACCUGAUGAGAUUAUUCAGUUAGACCAAGAUGCUGACAAUGUUGUUGAACAGCAACAGAAUCGUAUAUGGAACAAACAUGACACUAAUGAGUCGACAAUUCGAACGAAACAACAACAAACUUUUCAUUGUUGGCCAUCACGAUCAUUGACAAACAUACCAAACCAUGAACAAACAAAUCAACCGAAAAACAACAUUGAUUCAACAUUGUCAUCGUUAUCAUUUUCAUUGUCAUCAUUGUUAGAAUCCGUAUCAACAAAACAAGACCAAACGAUUAUUGAUUCGGUUGAGCCAACAUCAGCAUUGGAAACCACAAUAAUCAUCAUAAUGAAACCGAUAAGAGAAUGUUUGGCUAUAAUCAAACGUUGCUUAAAUCGAUCAAUGAGAAAUGGAUCACAUUAUGGAGCAUACAAUUUGUCAACAACGACGACACAUGACAACUUUUCCGUUGAUUUUGAUGAUGAUGAUGAUGAUGACGGCCAACAAAUUGAAGUUUCUUGCACCGAUAACCACAAAUGGCGUAAUCAAAAUAAACGAACAUUAACCGAUUAUCGAUAUGAACAAAAACAACAACAGCAAGAGAAUGAAAAGCAAUUCACUAAUUGUAACGACAAUGACAACCAUAAUGAUUUGAACGACACCAAUAUAAUUGUAGCUGAUUCAAGUUCCAGUAGCAGUAGCAGCAGUAACAGUAAUACUAAUUCAAAUAUUAAUGGAUCGAAUCGUAAUGCAAUUGGUUUUAGUUUCAAUAAACGUAUGAUUAGAGAAGAAUCACAACGAACAACAACAAAAUUGACAAAAUUAUUGAAUCGAUUACACAUCAGACAACAACCAUCAUCAAAUCAACAUUAUCAUCAUCAUAAUCAGUAUGACCCAAAAACUUAUCGGACAACAACAACAGCAUAUUCAUUUCUACCAGCAGCCAUAAUGGCCAACAAUGUUAUGAUGACAAAUGAUAAUGUUGCUGAAACUACCAAAAAUGUUCAAUUACUUUAUGUAUCACAAAAAAAUCUAUAUUAAAUCAUAAACUGAUGAACAGU